UUCUCGGCGGUUUUGCACCAAAUUUGUUGCGGCAUCAAGGCCAGAGAGUUUGCCUUGACUCCCCUCACUACCAAAAUAAAUGCACAGGGCAGGAUUGUUCCACUGAGCAGCCGUGACUGGGGAGAGAGGAGAAGGAAGGAGAUGGUACGUGCCGACAGCUCGAAAGUGAUUGCGGGGAGGAUUGCUAUGUAUGAGAGAGUUCAGGGGGGAAACGGGAGCAACUCACACAGGCAGCCAGGGCUGCCAGGAUGGCGAGAGCCAAGCUGAAGAAUUCCCCUUCAGAGAGCAAUGCCCACGUCAAAACCGUCCCGGCAGGCACGACAGAAGAUGUGCACGGGGUGAGCCCCUUGUUACCGUCUCGGAGGAUGGGAUCCAUGGGGAGUGAUGUCGGACAAAGGCCUCACGCCGAGGAUUUCAGCGUGGAUUCCUCCUUCUCACAGGUGCAGGUCGAGUUCUACGUGAAUGAAAACACCUUCAAGGAGCGGCUGAAGCUCUUCUUCAUCAAAAACCAGCGAUCGAGCCUGCGGAUCCGGCUCUUCAACUUCUCCCUGAAGCUGCUGACGUGCCUGCUGUACAUCGUGCGCGUGCUGCUGGACAACCCCGAGGAGGGCAUCGGCUGCUGGGAAUGUGAGAAGCAGAAUUACACAGCCUUCAACCAGUCCACCAACAUCAACUGGUCCCACAUCUUCUGGGUGGACAGGAAAACCCCCCUGUGGGCCGUGCAGGUCAGCAUCGCCCUCAUCAGCUUCCUGGAGACCAUGCUGCUCACCUAUCUCAGCUACAAGGGGAACAUCUGGGAGCAGAUUUUUCGCAUUUCCUUCAUCCUGGAGAUGAUCAACACAGUGCCAUUCAUCAUCACGAUAUUCUGGCCUCCUCUGCGGAAUUUGUUCAUUCCUGUGUUUCUGAACUGCUGGCUGGCCAAGUACGCCCUGGAGAACAUGAUCAACGACCUGCACCGAGCCAUCCAAAGGACACAGUCAGCAAUGUUCAACCAGGUGCUCAUCCUCAUCUGCACCCUCCUGUGUCUCGUUUUCACGGGGACCUGCGGCAUCCAGCACUUGGAAAGAGCAGGUGAGAAGCUCUCCCUCUUCAAGUCCUUCUAUUUCUGCAUCGUCACCUUUUCCACCGUGGGCUACGGAGACGUGACACCAAAGAUUUGGCCUUCCCAGCUGCUCGUGGUGAUCAUGAUCUGCGUGGCCCUGGUGGUGCUGCCUCUCCAGUUCGAGGAGCUGGUGUACCUGUGGAUGGAGCGGCAGAAGUCGGGGGGCAACUACAGCCGGCACCGCGCGCAGACCGAGAAGCAUGUGGUGCUGUGCGUCAGCUCCCUCAAGAUCGACCUCCUCAUGGACUUCCUCAACGAGUUCUACGCCCACCCUCGCCUGCAGGAUUACUACGUGGUGAUCCUGUGCCCCACGGAGAUGGACAUCCAGGUGCGGCGCGUGCUGCAGAUCCCCCUGUGGUCCCAGAGGGUCAUCUACCUCCAGGGCUCUGCCCUCAAGGACCAGGACCUGAUGAGAGCCAAGAUGGACAAUGGAGAAGCUUGCUUCAUCCUCAGCAGCCGGAAUGAGGUGGACAGAACAGCAGCUGACCACCAGACCAUCCUGAGGGCCUGGGCUGUCAAAGACUUUGCUCCAAACUGUCCUCUCUACGUUCAGAUCUUAAAGCCAGAAAAUAAAUUCCAUGUCAAGUUUGCAGAUCACGUUGUGUGUGAGGAGGAGUGCAAAUACGCCAUGCUGGCCCUGAACUGUGUCUGCCCUGCCACCUCCACCCUCAUCACGCUGCUGGUGCACACCUCCCGUGGCCAGGAGGGCCAGGAGUCUCCGGAGCAGUGGCAGCGCAUGUACGGGCGCUGCUCGGGCAAUGAGGUCUAUCACAUCCGCAUGGGGGACAGCAAGUUCUUCAUGGAGUACGAGGGCAAGAGCUUCACCUACGCCGCCUUCCACGCGCACAAGAAGUACGGUGUCUGCCUGAUCGGGAUCCGCAGGGAGGAGAACAAGAGCAUCCUGCUGAACCCCGGCCCCAGGCACAUCAUGGCAGCCUCGGACACCUGCUUCUACAUCAACAUCACCAAGGAGGAGAACUCUGCCUUCAUCUUCAAGCAGGAGGAGAAGCAGAAGAAGAAGGGCUUUGCAGGCAGCUACGACGGCCCCUCCCGGCUGCCCGUGCACAGCAUCAUUGCCAGCAUGGGUACAGUGGCCAUGGACCUGCAGAACACCGAGUGCCGCCCUGCCAACAGCAGCAAGCUGGCCCUGCCCGCCGAGAACGGCUCGGGCACGCGGCGGCCCAGCAUCGCCCCGGUGCUGGAGCUGGCUGACACCUCCUCCCUGCUGCCCUGCGACCUCCUCAGCGACCAGUCCGAGGACGAGAUGACGCAGUCGGACGAGGAGGGGUCAGCGGUGCUCGAGUACGUGAAGGGCUACCCCCCAAACUCGCCCUACAUCGGGAGCUCCCCGACCCUGUGCCACCUGCUGCCCGAGAAAGCCCCGUUCUGCUGCCUGAGGCUGGACAAGGGCUGCAAACACAACAGCUUUGAGGAUGCCAAAGCCUACGGCUUCAAGAACAAGCUGAUCAUCGUUUCUGCAGAGACAGCGGGGAACGGCCUCUACAACUUCAUCGUCCCGCUGCGCGCCUACUACCGCUCCCGCAAGGAGCUCAACCCCAUCGUGCUGCUGCUGGACAACAAGCCUGAGCACCACUUUCUGGAGGCCAUCUGCUGUUUCCCCAUGGUGUACUACAUGGAGGGCACCAUUGACAACCUGGACAGUUUGCUGCAGUGUGGCAUCAUCUACGCUGACAACUUGGUGGUGGUGGACAAGGAGAGCACCAUGAGUGCUGAGGAGGACUACAUGGCAGAUGCCAAGACCAUUGUCAACGUCCAGACCAUGUUCAGGCUCUUCCCCAGCCUCAGCAUUAUCACGGAGCUGACCCACCCCUCCAACAUGAGGUUCAUGCAGUUCAGAGCAAAGGACAGUUACUCUCUGGCCCUUUCUAAGCUAGAAAAGAGAGAGCGAGAGAAUGGCUCCAACCUGGCCUUCAUGUUCCGGCUGCCCUUCGCCGCCGGGAGAGUCUUCAGCAUCAGCAUGCUGGACACGCUGCUCUACCAGUCGUUCGUGAAGGAUUACAUGAUCACCAUCACUCGGCUGCUGCUGGGCCUCGACACCACGCCGGGCUCCGGGUACCUCUGUGCGAUGAAGAUCACUGAAGAUGACCUGUGGAUCCGGACGUACGGACGCCUCUUCCAGAAGCUCUGCUCCUCCAGUGCCGAGAUCCCCAUCGGCAUCUACAGGACGGAGUCGCACAUGUUCGCCACCUCCGAGCCCCACGACAUCCGAGCGCAGUCACAGAUCUCAAUCAAUGUUGAGGACUGCGAGGACACCAAGGACGUCAAGGAGCACUGGGGCAUCAAGACGAGCCACCACCGCAACUCGUGCUCCAGCGACCAGUCGGAGCACCCGCUGCUGCGGCGCAAGAGCAUGCAGUGGGCGCGGCGCCUCAGCCGCAAGGGCAACAAGCACUCCAGCAAGACGGCCGAGUGGAUCAGCCAGCAGCGCCUCAGCCUGUACCGCCGCUCCGAGCGCCAGGAGCUCUCCGAGCUCGUCAAGAACCGCAUGAAGCACCUGGGCCUGCCCACCACCGGGUACGAGGAUGUAGCAAAUUUAACAGCCAGUGAUGUGAUGAAUCGGGUAAACCUGGGAUAUUUGCAAGAUGAGAUGAACGACCACCAGAACACCUUGUCCUAUGUCCUGAUCAAUCCCCCCCCGGACACACGGCUGGAGCUCAACGACAUCGUGUACCUGAUCCGCUCCGACCCCCUGGCCCACGUGGCCAACGACGGCCACAGCCGCAAGAGCAGCUGCAGCAACAAGCUGGGCUCGGGCAACCCCGAGACGCGCGACGAGACCCAGCUGUGAGCGCUGCCAGGGCGGGCAAGGACAGCCUGGCACGGCCCGGCCCGGCCCCAUGGAGGCGCUGCCCAGCCCGGCCGUGCUCACGGGAGGAUGCCCAGCCCGGCCGUGCCCACGGGACGAUGCCCAGCCCGGCCGUGCCCACGGGAGGAUGCCCAGCCCGGCGGGGAUGCCCAGCCUGGCAGUGCCCACGGGACGAUGCCCGGAGCCCCGGCACGGCCGGACGCAGCCGGUGGCCGUGUGUGCCCCCGGGGAUUUUAACUUUUCUACCGAUACCGCAACUAGUGAGACAGCGUUCGCUGGUGCUGGUGGGACGGGGCUGAGCCCAGAUGCCAAUGGGAGCAGGGCUGGGGUUGCUGGAGGGUGCAGGUUGGUAAAGACAAGAGGAAAACUGCACCGAGACCCUGCUCCUCUUCCUCCUCCUCCUCUUCCUUCACCAGGUGUCCCCCAGGGUGCCCAGACUCCUGCUCUGUCGCUCACGGUCUUCAUCCUCGGCUGGGUUUCUGUUCUGGGCACUGGGUGAGGACUCUGGUGGCCGUGGCACAGCCGGGAUGGAGGGGACAGGGCACGGCAGGGCCCCCACGCCUUGGGGCACCUCACAAACCAGAGCACGCCAAGCCCAGGGCACCGAGAGGGGGGCCAGAUCUGUGACAGAGCCUUGGGGCACCUCACAAAGCAGGACACCCCAAGCCCAGGGCACCAAAAGCGGGGCCAGCUCUGUGGCAGUGCCCUGGAGCCCCUGGGUUUGUGUCCUGCUGGGGCUGAGCUGCUGCUGCUGGGCUGGCUGGGCUGUGCAGGUUUGGUGGCUCCAUUCACCCUUUCCAGCCAGGGCAGUCUGGAGUCCAACCCCGCUGUGUGUCCCGGCCGUGUCCUGCUGUCCUUCCCCUCCCCGUGGUCGCAGCUGGCGGCACCGUUAUGGCAGCGGGUUCUGCCUGUCCCCACAGCCCCCCCUGCUCGGCUCUGUCCCCCCUGUCCCCGUGGCUUCCCCUGCAGCAGAGGUGCAUGAACGUCCCCCCCCGACCUGCAGGGCCCUGGCACCACCACAAACACCAGAUGUGUUUCCAUUCUGCUUUUGCACAUUCUGCAACGGUGUGGAAAGGGUUUAUUUGACUGCCAAGUGAAUAACUGAGUUGUUGACUUUCUAUACUUUCAUGUUCAUAUCUUACAAUUCCAAUGUGAUUUUUUUUUUGUUUUUUUUUAGCAAGGAGCUUGUAAAGCACAACAUGGCCAUGAAAUCCCAUCAGCUUCCUGCACUCACUGAAUGGUUUAUUGCCAUUACCAUUCACUGUUUGCUCCCCAAUGCACCCCCAAUCAAUGUUUACAAAGAAAACAAAAAAGAAAACAAGCCAAAACCUGAUUUAAGUGAGUUUUAAACAGCUGGGGAGAUGCCCCAACCUGUGGGGAUGUGCUGCCCAUCCUGCCCAUGGCCCUGAGGGAGGGCAGAGGUGCCCAGUGCAGGACCAGUGCCAAGGCUGUAUCACCUCGAGAAGGUUGAGAGGGACCUGCUGUGCCUGGAUGAGGUUUGGGGUCCAGAUUUUAUUUUUUUUAUUGUUGUUUUUUCCUGAAGUGCCAGGCAGGAGCCCCUGGGUGGUGGCACAUCCCAGGCUUGGUGAAGUACCACGGGUAAAAGCAAAGAGUGCAACCCUCCCACCCUGCUGAGCUGUGGGCACACACAGAACUGCCUUUAAAGCUUUUUUGGGUUGUUUUGAUGGAUUUUUAAUGAUUAGUUUUGGAUCUGUUUGGUUUAGGCAGGCACAAUGUUUUAUUUAUUUCUGUUUGUAGUUUCACAUGCCAAAUCUGUCAUUUAAAAGUGGCAAAAAGAAAUUAUAGGCUAAAAAGUGGGUGUGGUUGGAGUACAAAAGGACAUGUGGGCUCUGUGUAACUUAAAGUCUCAGGAUGCUCAGAUCAUGGAGUGUGAAUGUAUUUAAUUUUCUGAAUUGAAUUUAUUAUGGGUCAUUUUCCAAGCCCCACUUUGCUCUCAAGGGAGAGUGGAACAAAGCAGUAUUACAGGUUAGAGAAAACCAAACCAGCAAACAAACAAAAGCCCAGCCCAAAUAAAACAAAAGGUGUGACUAUUUGAAUAUAUUUACUGAGAACAUUUUUAUUCUUUUUUGCUUGUUUGGCUGUGAGCUGUGUGUGAAAGCACAGGGAAGACAAAACAGCUCCUCAGCUCAACCCUCCCAUGGCAAGAAAAUUAAAUUUCUUUUAAAAACCCUUAAUUUACUUAAAACUCCAGCCCCAGCCCUGAGCAGCCAGGUCAGCCUUGUGGCCAAAUCCAGGGUCUGUGAUCCAGAGGCUCCACUGGCCGUGGUGCUGGGUUCCUCCUUCCUCAGCGGGCACACACAGCUCCUUCCUGCCCUCAGUCCAGGGAGAAAAUAAUCCCAGGAGGAAACUCGUGCCAAAAGGCUGGAGGCCUCUGUGUGGUUUGUGAUAUUAUCAGAAUGCCCUGGAUAUUCCUGUAUUUUGACAAUGCUUCUGUUUGUUCAGUGUACAAAUCCCUGCCUUUGAAGCAGAAGCUCCAUGUACAAAGCCUCGGGUUCCUCCUCUGGUGUAAAUUUCCAGCCGACCUUCCCAUGGGAUGGGGAAAAACCCUGUAAAUACUCACCUGUGGCCAAUGCAAGUCUGGGAACCAAGGGUUCAUUUUUCUAAUUCCUUAGCCUCAGUUACAAUACUAAUGUAAAAAACAAAAGCAGUUUAUUUUUCUAAUGGUCCUGGAAACGUUGAUGCAGCGACAAAGAGUCGCUCCUGCCGCUGAAAGGGCCCACAAGGAGCUUCCAUGGGAGCAGGGGAAUGCCUACUGCUUCCAGCCAUGGAAAAAUCCCAUUUUCUGCAGGAAAUAGUUGUGUUCCAAUGCAGAGACCUGGCAGGCCCUGGGGGAUGCAGAAACAAGGACAGCUGGGAUGUUUUGGGGCUCUCCAGAGCAUGUUCCGUGUCCACUAACGGUUUGAUAUGGACUAAACCCACAUAUCCUGCAUUAAACUCAACUACUCCAACCAGUGUUAUCAGCAUAUUUAUUUCCUGUUAUCCCCCUUUUUAUUUAACCUCUAUAGAACAGGACAGUUUUAUUCCAAGCUCAGCUCCUGCAUGGAUUUUUGUCAGCAGCAGCGACGGCCGUGGUUCCUCUGGGAGCCCCAGGGAGCUGCUCUGCUGGGAUCAGCCAGCCAGGGGAGAGGGUUUUGUACAAUUCUUGUGAAGAUGCUUCACAUUUCUGUAAAGAUAAAUGACAAUAAAAGAGCUGCAUGCAGCAACAGGA